AUUUAAUUUACCUAUCCCAGAACUUUGACCUAGUUGCCAAUGACGCAUGCGCACAUCAAUAUUGCAUCAGGUUUUCACAUGUGGCUAGAAAUAUCAACAUAAAUUCAUACUUUCAUCGUCCAGUGUAAGAUUUAGCCUACUGAUAGCAUAUUUGUUACAACAAACAUAUUCUCACUGAUCCAUUCAAAAUGCCGCUUUUUUGUCGAUACUUCGAGCAUCGACUACCAGAAAUUGAAGAUGUUGUUAUGGUAAAUGUGAGAUCAAUAGCAGAAAUGGGAGCUUAUGUGCACCUGCUAGAAUACAACAAUAUAGAAGGCAUGAUAUUGCUCAGUGAACUGUCACGUAGAAGAAUCCGAUCAAUCAACAAGUUAAUCAGAGUUGGAAGGAAUGAAUGUGUUGUUGUGAUUCGAGUAGACAAAGACAAAGGCUACAUAGAUUUAUCCAAGAGAAGAGUAUCUCCAGAAGAAGUGAUGAAAUGUGAAGAAAAGUUUGCUAAGGCAAAAGCAGUUAACAGUAUCUUGAGACAUGUUGGUGAACUAUUAAAUUACACCUCAGACUCCCAGUUAGAAGCACUAUACAAAAAGACAGCAUGGCAUUUUGACGCAAAAUAUGGCAAACCUGGUGCAGCUUAUGAGGCUUUCAAACAUGCAGUUGCUAAUCCUGAGGUUUUAGAUGAACUAGAUCUGGAUGAUGAGACAAGAAAAGUUUUAGUAGACAACAUCAAGAGGAGACUCACUCCACAGGCUGUCAAGAUUAGAUGUGAUAUGAAAGUAGCUUGUUACGGAUAUGAAGGAGUUGAUGCUGUGAAAGCUUCACUGAGAAAGGGUCUAGAAAUGACAACAGAAGAAAUGCCUAUCAAAAUAAACCUUAUAGCCCCACCAUUAUAUGUUAUGACUACAACAACGUUAGAAAGAACUGAAGGACUAGCCAAACUAAAUGCAGCACUUAACUCUAUAAAGGAAUGUAUAGAGGAUAGUGGUGGGGUAUUCAAUAUAGAAAUGGCACCCAAGGUGGUAUCAGAUAGUGAUGAGGUUGAAUUAAAGAAACAACUGGAACUUCUAGAAGAGCAGAAUAGGGAGGUUGAAGGUGACGACUCUGCUGAUGAGUAUGAGGAUACUGGUAUGGCUGGACCUAAGGACAUUGUAAAUGAUGAUGAAGACUAGACUGUAUAAUAUGUAGACCAAGCUUGCAGGGUGUGUUAUAAGGAUAUUGGCCCAACUGGUCAAAAUUGAAUUUUCAAUGAUGUGUCAUGUUAUUUUUCUAUGUUGAAAAUCAGCUUGUCCAGAUCAACACAACUGUAACUGGCUUAAGGCCUCUAGGACAGAGCUUACGUCUCCUUCUUAAAUCACACCUUGUGGACUUCUCAUAACAUUCACAAGGUUUUCCUUAUUACAUCUCAAUGUUGAAAAACAUGAUGAUGUGAUGACAUUAUUGAAUUAAAAUUCUUAAAACUUAAACAUUUGAAUUCCCUGAAGCAUUUGGAAUUUUAUGUAGCCUAGUAUUUAUAGAUUAAAUGUAUUAUGUUACUUGUAUAAAGUCUAUGUAAUAGCUGAUGGCGUGUAACAUAGAAAAUCUGAGUUGCAUCUGAAGUUAAUGUUUCUAGUUGGAAGUCUAUGUUUGAAGUCUAAAACAAGAACAGCAAUAUUUGAAAACCAUAAUAUGUUAUCAAUUUAUUGUGUUGAAUUACUGAAAAAGAUUGCUAAGAAGUAAUUAAGUAUCAUGGCCAGAAUCUUUGCAUAUGAAAUAGUUUUAUGAACAUGGAUAUUCAUGGAAAAAAUAAACCAAAAAUAUAUUAUAUGUAGAUACGAUUAUUCUGUCAGUUA